AUGAAGCUCACAGUUUGCUUUUUGUUGUUUUGUGCUGCUUUUUGUGUGGGUGAAACCAUCAACAGUCCGGAAAACGCCAUCGCCAGCACCGCGGAUGGAAUUUUAGGAUUCGGGCUGGAAAUGCUGCUUACGAAGUUGGAAAACGUGGAUCGCAAAUUAUUCGAAAUGCUUGAAUACCGAGUGCAAAUGGAAAGUUACAAGGCAUCUCUAGAAAACACGAUGAGCGAUUUGCUGCUGGCUUUGCGAACAGUGAAUAGCACCUUAGGGCGGCAAAUAAGUGUUCUACAAAACCAAUCCUCGCUGAUCCUGGAGCAACAAAAAACGUGCCAACCUGCUUUUGCAUCCUGCAGCGCCGUAACAUCGAAAAUAUCGGGAAUUUACCUAAUCCGUGUUAACGAAGCUUCUUCCCCAUUUGAAGCCUUUUGUGAGCAGGAGAGAAAUGGAGGCGGCUGGCUUGUGGUGCAACAUCGGUUCAACGGGUCGGUUGAUUUUUAUCGGAAUUGGACCCAAUACCGCGAGGGUUUUGGCGACUUAAACGGUGAAUUUUGGUUCGGCUUGGAAAAAAUGCACCAGAUCACGACGACACGGCCACACGAAAUAAUGAUCGAGUUAAAGGACUUCAGCGGCAUUGAAGUGUAUGCUCGCUACGAUGUAUUCAAAAUAGGUAGUGAGAAUGAGGACUACAAACUAACGCUGGGAAAGUACAGCGGAACAGCAGGUGAUGGAAUGAUUCGUGACAACGGUAUGAAGUUUUCAACGAAGGACCGGGAUAAUGACCGUACAACCACCUUCAAUUGUGUUGAAUGGUUUGAAAAUCCAUGGUGGCAAAAUAGUUGUAGCGGUGCGAAUCUAAACGCUCGGUACAUCAAUGCAGUCGAUCGCAAAUCAAUGCAUUGGUUGGGUUUUAAAGGACGUGAAGGGUUGAGUUUGUCAAAAAUAAUGAUUCGCGAACUGCCAUAG